AUAUAACUAUGCCUAACAAGGUCACUGACAUGCAUUUCCACCGAGAAGAAGAAGAAGAUGCUGGAGCGAUCAGAAGAUCAUCCUCAAGAACACCGAGAGGGCAUUUCGUGGUUUACGUUGGUACGAAGUUGGAAAGAUUUGUGGUCCCCACAAGGUUUCUGAAGAGCCCUUCGUUUCAGAAUCUUCUAGAAAAGGCUGCCGAGGAGUUCGGUUACGCGGAGGCUCACCCUAAUAAGAUUGUCUUGCCCUGUGAUGUCUCUACUUUCCGAAGUCUCGUCAUGUUCCUGACUUCUCAUGACAAGUAACGCAUAUAUCUGAUGUGUUAUAAUUUAAAUAUUGUGUUGUACCAUUGGAUCUUAAUUAA